GUAAAUCCACACAGUUUGCUGUGGACUCACAAUCUCCAUUUGUCUGCAGCUGGAAGAGCCGCACAGCAAAGACAAGGCGCAGAAAAAAGGUUUCUGUGGAAGCAGUUCACCGAAACAGGAAGUUAAGACUCGUUUAAGUCUCGGCUCCGCCCCUUGGUUUGGCCUGCAGUUGCACCUCCCAUCAUGGCUAUCGUUCUUCACUCCAGCCCUCUCCUGUGGACGCGGUUGGCUGCCCUGAUCUUCACGUGCGUGGCCUUCUCCGUGGCUGUGCACGGGGGCCAACUCCACCACGGCACAGGGGACUGGUGCAUCUUCUGCUGGGCCUUCAGCUUCGCCGGGACUCUGCUCAUCAUGCUGGUGGAACUCUUUGGCCUGCAGACCAGAGCGCCUGUUUCCUGGAAGAACUUCCCGAUCACCUUCGCCUGCUAUGCUGCUCUGCUCUGCCUGUCCGCCUCCAUCAUCUUCCCGCUCUAUUUCCUCAAGGGCGCCACAGGAUCACAUAAAACCCAAGACUUCCGCAUCGUGUCGACGGUCUUCUCCUGCUUGGCCACCAUUGCCUACAUCACAGAGGUGAGCAUCAGCAAGGCGCGUCCCGGAGAGGUGGCCGGCUACAUGGCCACCGUCCCCGGCCUGCUCAAAGUCUGCGAGACCUUCUUGGCUUGCGUCAUCUUUGUCUUCGUCAGCGACCCCGUGCUGUAUGACAAUCACGACGCGCUCAAGUACUGCAUGUCUGUCUACUGCAUCUGCUUCAUCCUGUCGGCCGCCAUCAUCGUCCUCUGCGUCUGCGAGUGCACCGGCUGCCUCCCGUUCCCGUUCGCCCGCUUCCUGUCAGCCUACGCCCUGCUGGCUGCCGUCCUCUAUCUAUCAGCGACCAUCAUUUGGCCCAUCUUCAACUUCGACCCCAAGCAUGGCGGUAGUAAAAACAGGCCGUACACGUGCAGCAGCACGGUAGGUCUGUGCACGUGGGAUAAACUGAUGGCGGUGUCGGUGCUCUCCGCCGUCAACUUCCUCCUCUACCUGGCCGACCUGAUCUACUCGGCUCGCCUGGUGUUCGUCAGCGCUUAAAGGAAGAAAAGAUGAAAGGCCAGCAGCAAGCUCCAGAAUAAAUCCAAACUGGCGUCUUUUCAAAGGUUGUCAGAACGCUGUGAUCACAUGCCAGAGAAUUUGGCUGCGAUCUGUGUGGUGGUGUCUGCAGCAGCGGGACGAGCCGCCGACUUCACACACAUGACAUCCAUUUGUUUGUUGAUUUCUCUCAGCAGGAUGACUGAAAAUCUAAUUUUCUAAUCUGAUUACUCAUUCAUUUUUAACAGUGUAAGAAUGUGUUACUUUAAACGUUUUUUCAAAGGAAUGCGGUGAAAGGUUCGAGUCCCGUCCUGCAAUGGUGCUAUUAAACAUCGGCAUGGAAUUAAAAAAAGUUAUGAAAUUUGAAACAUUGUAAAUUAGCCACCUCCUUAUAAAACAAUGUUUGGACUUUGGAUUCUGUCAUGAAAGAGGUUAAUUCUGUAGCAAAUUAUCUUUUAUUUUUUAAAAGGCGGAGUCUAAAUUUAAAGUGACACUCAGUACAUGCUUAGAUGCAAAACGGCGCCCCCAUGCCAUUGUUUGUUAUAACACACUGCAUGUCCAUAUUUUCACAACAAAAACAAGGCAACAGA